AUGCUCAAUGAACGGGUGACGGGGCGGGUCGUCCUCAACGUGUACGACUACUCGGGGGUGAACUGCUGCCUGGAUCCGCUGGGGCUGGGGCUGUACCACUCGGGGGAGGAGGAGGAGGGGCUGUGCGCCAUCGUGCCCCUGAGCGUGUCCAUGCCCAUCCGCCGUCAGCUGGACAUGGGGCCCAUCUCCAUGCCCCGCGCGGAGUUCACGAGGGUGCUCAGGGAAAUGGGCAAAGAGUUCCCAGUCCGCGAUUACAACCUGUUCAACAACAACUGCAACCACUUCUGCCGCAGCUUCGUGAAGCGCCUCACCUCUCGCGAGGUGCCCGGCUACUUGACGCGCGCCACUGAGCUGUGCGGCUGCCUCAACUGGUGCCUCCCCGCCAACCUCACCAACGGCCAAUGGGCCCUCGAGCAGCAGCUCAAGGACCGCAGGGAUUACCAGGAGUUCACUGACGAGGCGUGA